AUGAACUCCAGCGACCCAGGCUGCCCCAUGGCCUCGCUCUAUGUGGGGGACCUGCACCCUGAUGUGACAGAGGCGAUGCUCUAUGAGAAGUUCAGCUCCGCCGGGCCCAUACUUUCCAUCCGGGUAUACAGGGAUGUGAUCACACGUCGCUCCCUGGGCUAUGCUUCCGUGAACUUUGAGCAGCCUGCUGAUGCAGAGCGUGCUUUGGACACCAUGAAUUUUGAUGUCAUCAAGGGCAAGCCAGUCCGCAUCAUGUGGUCUCAGCGUGAUCCAUCACUUCGCAGGAGUGGAGUAGGCAACGUGUUCAUUAAAAAUUUAAACAAGACCAUUGACAAUAAAGCGCUGUAUGAUACAUUCUCUGCUUUUGGCAAUAUCCUUUCCUGCAAGGUGGUCUGCGAUGAGAAUGGCUCGAAGGGCCAUGGAUUUGUCCAUUUUGAGACAGAGGAGGCAGCGGAAAGAGCCAUCGAGAAAAUGAACGGGAUGCUUCUGAAUGACCGCAAAGUGUUUGUUGGACGGUUUAAGUCUCGGAAAGAACGAGAAGCAGAGCUUGGAACGAGGACCAAGGAGUUUACCAACGUUUACAUCAAGAACUUUGGCGACCGCAUGGAUGAUAAGACCCUGAAUGGCCUCUUCGGCAGGUUUGGACAGGUCCUAAGUGUGAAAGUCAUGACCGACGAAGGUGGAAAAUCAAAAGGAUUCGGGUUCGUCAGCUUUGAAAGGCACGAAGAUGCGCAGAAAGCGGUGGAUGAGAUGAAUGGGAAGGAACUCAAUGGAAAACACAUUUAUGUGGGCCCAGCUCAGAAAAAGGUGGACCGUCACAUAGAACUUAAGCGCAAAUUUGAGCAGGUGACCCAAGACAGGGGCAUCAGAUACCAGGGCAUUAACCUUUAUGUGAAAAAUCUUGAUGAUGGUAUUGAUGAUGAACGUCUUCAGAAAGAAUUUUCUCCGUUUGGAACAAUCACCAGUACAAAGGUUAUGACAGAGGGUGGUCGCAGUAAAGGGUUCGGUUUUGUGUGUUUCUCCUCCCCAGAAGAAGCCACAAAAGCUGUUUCAGAAAUGAAUGGCAGAAUCGUGGCCACGAAACCACUUUAUGUAGCUUUAGCCCAGCGCAAAGAAGAACGUCAGGCUCAUCUCACUAACCAAUAUAUUCAAAGAAUGGCAAGUGUCCGAUCUGGGCCGAACUCUCUUAUCAACGCUUACCAACCAGCACCUUCUGGUUACUCCGUGGCUGCUGUCCCACAAACUCAGAACUGUGCCCCUUGCUGCCCUAGCCAAAUUGUUCAACCAAGUCCAAGUGCACGCUGGACUGCUCAGGGUGCCCGGCCUCAUCCAUUCCCCAGCGUGUCUGGUGCUAUCCACCCUGCUGCUCCUAAAUCGUCCUUUACUACGGUAAGACCAAGUUCUUCACAUGUUCCUCAAGUCAUGGCAGCACAGCGCAUCACUAACACAUCAGCACAGACAACCGGUCAACGUCCUGCCCUAGCCUCUUCAGCUGCAACUACUCCUGUUCGCUCGAUUCCACAGUAUAAGUAUGCCACAGGAGUCCGGAACUCCCAGCAACAUCUUAAUGCCCAGCUGGUGCAACAGCCUUCUGUUUGCAUACAGGGCCAGGAACCUUGGACUGCUUCCACGUUAGGAACUGCUCCUCAAGAGCAAAAGCAAAUGUUGGGUGAAAGGUUAUUUCCUCUCAUUCAAGCCAUGCACCCGACCCUGGCUGGUAAGAUCACGGGCAUGUUGCUGGAGAUUGAUAACUCAGAACCACUUCAUAUGCUCGACUCUCCAGAGUCUCUGUGUUCUAGAGCUCAGGAAGCCGUGUCGGUACUCCAAGCCCACCAAGCUAACGAGGCUGCCCAGAAAGCUGCUGGCAGUACCUCUGGUGUCCCAACUGUUUAAACUGACCAGAGACCUCAAAAAAGAAACUCACACUUUGCAGAAGAAAAAUAUCUAAACAUUGAAAAAAUAUUAUUUUAAAAAAAUAGUAAAAUAUAAAAUAAAUAAAAAAGGAAAGGAAACUUUGAACUUUACGCACUGAGCAAAUGUCAGGUCUGGUAUCUAACCUAGCCUGACUUAAGAACAGCAAGCAACCCCCACUCCCCGACAGAAAUAGUAGAACCUACAAACCACUGUUUUUGUAGACCCCAAGAAAAGCAUUUUCAGCAAAGUAGAAACAUUUAGAGCAUCCUUUUAAUUUUAUAAUUCUUUAUUGUUGAAUAGCUCAAAAUGUUCUAAUAGCAGAAUUGAUAACUGAGCAAGGAAACAUA